AUGACCUUGAACCUGGAAAUUCGAAAAGAAAAACAAAACAUGUCCAAAUUUUUAACAGCGUUACAGCUAUCAGACAGUGCAUUUCCUACUGGUGGUUUUGCUCACAGUCUCGGCUUGGAAGCUGUAAUGAAACACAAGAAAAUAAAUAAUACAGAUGAUUUGCUCAAGUUUGCUGUGUGCUCAAUGGAAAAUGCUGGGUCGUUUAAUAUACCAUUUGUGAAAGCUGCUUAUGAAGCUGUUGAUGAACCUACACUCCCUGAAGUUAUUGACAACCCCAAAAUGUCACAUCCAAGUCAGGAGUCUAUAUUGCGCCUAAUAGACCUGGAUAAUACCUGUGAGGCCUGUCUCUCCAACCACAUAGCUAACAGAGCUAGCUCUAGGCAGGGCAGGUCUAUGUUAGAUACCACCUAUAAAGCAACAGAGCUCCACCUAUUGGGUAGUAUCCAAGCCCUGAUAGAUGAGAAUAAACUCGAAGGCCACCACCCAGUGAUGUUUGGCUACAUUUGCUCUGUUCUUGGUGUAGGAAAGCAGGAAGUUAUUGAGAUGUAUAUGUUUGGAGUUUUAAGGUGUAUAGUAGCAAGUGCAGUGCGGCUGUCAAUCAUAGGCCCUCUACAGGGACAAAAUAUACAAUACAAACUGCAACAGUUGGUGCCAUCUAUUUUAAAAAGGAACCAGAAGAGAUGUGUUGAAGAUGCAGUUAUAACCAGUCCAUUCAUAGAUGUCAUACAAGCAAAGCAAGACACUCUCUUCUCAAAGCUAUUUUACUCUUGAAUUCUACAUAUAGAGGUCAGGCAAAUCACGCAGGGACACAUUUAUAAGAUAUUUUUAUACUUCUUACUCUGAGUGAGCAAUCACUGAAAAAAUACUGAUAUUUAUGUUUAUAUUUGGAUUCAGAAUAUCCAUCGUUUUAGAGAUUUUGAAAAUAACAUUUUAAGGUGAUUGAUCAGUGAUUCUGAGGAUAUCUAUAAUCCUGGAUCAACAUCACUAUUGUUACAUGACUUUUGAAGCCAUAAUUUUUUUAUAAUUGGUGCUGUUGAACACCUUUACCUAUAGAUGUACUAAGUCUGUAAGAACUUUUUAUACUCAGAUUUCAAUAAGUAAAGGUGGUAUUUGAGCAUCGACGUCACACACAUUCUCCAACGUAGGGCUCCAAACAUCAUCCACUCUGAAGGAGGAAGGAAGGGAUAGAGUUAGUGAAGUCUUGAGCUCUGCAUUUGGAGGAUGAGGCACUCUUUAAUA